GCCAACUAGCCGUGUCUGUCUUGAGUCAAUGCAUACAGAGGUCACCGUUGAUUGAUUUCUCUACCUUUUCUUUUGCACAAGACAACGACGCACACACUAAUGGUCACCGUUGGUUUCUUCCUACUUUUCUAGCUAGUUUAUCUCCCAGGAAACCAAGAGUGCACCCUUCCACCCAAAUACCACCACAACAGGGUGUAAAGAGUUCAAGCUAGCUUAAACAUGGAGAUCGCCAUGGUGGCUAUUAGGCCUCUCCUCACCAAACUUGGUGACCUGCUCGCCGGUGAGUUCACCUUGGAGAAGUGCGUGAGGGAAGGCAUGGAGUCUCUUGUCACGGAGCUAACCUUGAUGCACGCCGCCCUCCGCAAGGUGGCAAAAGUCCCGCCAGAGCAGCUCGAUGAGGGGGUCAAGAUAUGGGCAGCAAAGGUUAAGGAGUUGUCCUAUCAAAUGGAGGACAUCCUUGAUGCUGUGAUACUGCGUGUGGAGGAUGACGGUGAGCCUGCCAACCAGAGUAAACUGAAGAAGUUAAUCAAGAAUAUCAUCAAGAUAUUCAAGAAUGGGAGGGGUCUCCAUCGAAUCUCCGAUUCUCUAGAAGAAGUGAUGGGUCAAGCUAAGCAGUUGGCUGAGCAGCGUAAAAGAUAUGAGCAAGAGAUGCAUGCCACAAGCGUUGGUGUCAGCGUUGACCCCCGUGUGUUGGCUCUGUACACAGAUGUGACAGAGCUCGUUGGGAUCGAAGAUGCACGGGAUGAAUUGAUCAACAUGUUAAUUGGGGGUGAUGGUUGGUUAAAGAGUCAACUGAAGACGGUAUCUGUUGUUGGAUUUGGUGGGCUGGGCAAGACGACUCUUGCAAAAGUAGUGUAUGACCAGAUCAAAGUACAAUUUGAUUGUGGUGCCUUUGUUUCGGUUUCUCAGAAUCCAGACAUGAAGAAAGUCUUCAAGGAUAUUCUCUAUGAGUUAGACAAGAAGAAGUAUUCAAGCAUCCAUAGUGCAACAAGGGAUGAAAAGCAGCUCAUUGAUGAACUCAAUGAAUUUCUGAAGAGCAAGAAAGAAUUUCUUAAGAGCAAUAAUGAAUUCCUUAGCAAUAAGAGGUACCUCAUCGUAAUUGAUGAUAUAUGGGAUGAAAAAGUGUGGCGUUUUAUCAAGUGUGCUUUCCCCAAGAAUAGUCUUGGAAGUCGAGUAAUCACGACUACUCGCAUUCUUAGUGUCUCUGAAGCAUGUUGCUCUUCUAGCGAUGAUAUUUACAAAAUGAAUUCUCUUUCUGAUGAUAUCUCCAGAAGGCUCUUCUACAAAAGAGUAUUUUCUAACGAGAAGGGGUGCCCUCAUGAACUGUUGCAAGUAUCCCAAGACAUCUUAAAGAAAUGUGGUGGGAUACCAUUAGCCAUAAUUACCAUAGCAAGUCUUCUAGCUAGUAACCGUCAGACAAAAACAAAAGAGCAAUGGCAUGAUUUGCUCAGUUCAAUUGGUCAUGGACUUACAGAAGACCAUAAGGUGGAGGAGAUGAAGAAGAUAAUAUUAUUAAGCUAUUAUGAUUUGCCAUCUCAUCUGAAGCCAUGUUUAUUAUAUCUUAGUAUAUUUCCAGAAAAUUUCAAGAUCUGAAGAGUUGAUUUGAUAUGGAGAUGGAUAGCCGAGGGCUUUGUUCAUAGUGAAAAACAAGAAACUAGCUUAUAUGAGCUAGGAGAUAGUUACUUCAGUGAGCUAAUAAAUAGAAGUAUGAUGCAGCCAAUAGGCAUCGAUGAUGAAGAAAGGGUAGAAGCUUGCAUUGUACAUGACAUGGUACUUGAUCUCAUACGUACCUUGUCCAGUGAAGAAAACUUUGUCAUUAUACUUGAUUGUACUGAGAAAAACUGCCUAACUCGCAAAGCAAGGUUCGCAGAUUAUCCAUCCAAAAUGGCAAGAUGGAUGUUUCUACCACCAGCAUGGCACAAGUGAGAUCCCUUGCUUUCUUCACACAUGG